GUUUGGUGACUUGAUAAACCUCAUAUCUUUGUACAGACCCUGUGCUGUAUGCUUAUCGGACUUCGGUGCUGGCAACCAUUUUUUUUCCUGAUGUACAACAAGAAGGCGAGAUUGCCAUGUGAGGUGCAGGAAAACAUCAAGGUUACUCAAGAAAAAAAAAAGAAGGCCUAUGCGAAGCGGAAAGGCAAGAACGUGAAUGCGUUCCAGCUGGAGGAGGGCAUGUUCGUCCCGAAGAGAAACUACAAGAAAAUUGGACGCAAAGGCAGCAAGAUGGAACCCAAUUGGAUUGGACUAUGCAGGAUCUCCAAUAUCAGUGACAACAACGUUGUUACACUCAAGAGUGGGGACGGCCGAUUAAAGCUGAAAAACAAGGUGCAGAACGAACACCUGUAGCUUUCGUAACAUUGACUCCAACAUCCCCAAUGCAAAGAGCAAUUCGGGUGGUAAGUCAAAUUUCGUAAACCAUUAAGGCCGGCUUUUACUCGUCAACAGGCAGCAUCGAGCUGUUUUCAUGUU